CAAUGAACAACCAUACCACUACACACGGUAUCCACGCCAUCAUAUUUGAAGCCCAACAAAGUCACCAUCACCGACCAACAUUUGUAACAUUCUCAGACUUUGCCUGGAACGAAAUUACAUUUCAGCCGAUCCCUUGCAAGGGUUAUGCUGCGUUGAUCACGGCACUAAUUCGCGGUAUGAAACUGGAAAAAGAGAGCCAAAGCCCUAACUCGCUGUGACACGGGAUAUAAAACCCUCAGUCAGAGACGCGCUUCAGCGCGUCUCUGACCUUGAUUCUUGCACAUCACUUACACCACAACCUCAUUUUCUACCAUCAAUACAACAGAUUCUGUGAAUCUUCUGAACUCACGAUGGAUCAAUCAUUUCCUCAAUUUACUAAACUUCCCCCAGAAGUACGCACCACCAUUUGGGAGCAAACGCUUCCUGAAGGAGAUGGUGGUGCCGCUUUAUACAUAUAUAACAUGGACUGGUGGGCACAGUAUUCCCCCCCUGGCGUUGCAUUUCACGACAUGACCGCCCAAGGCAUUCAACAACUGAGUCGAACUCCCCGUGUCCAAGUGCCUAUUCCAACUUGUGCUGCCGUGUGCAAAGAGGGUCGACGAGUGGUUGAGCAAUGGAGGAAGAAGAACAACUUGGAGUGGUAUUUUCGUGAAGAGACCCAAGGCCAUAUCAUCGUGCGUUCCUUUGACGCUGAACGGGACAUUAUCUAUGUUUCCCGGAUUAAAUGGGAAUCUUUCCAACUCCUGGCCGCGGAUUGGGAGGACGAUUCUGAACACGCUGCCAUCGUUCGCAUGAUGGAGAGCAUCAAAUACCUUGCACUCCCGGCAUUCACAGCUUACUACAGCAUCAGCAACAUCGCAGCUCUACUCCCUUGGAUGAAAAACAUCAAGACCAUUUAUGUUGUAUGGAACAAACUCCCCAAAGCUCAUACAAUCAAGAGACCGUUGCCUAAGGUAGAAGAGGUCAAGGUAACCCUGGACGCGCCGGUGCAACCACGUUGGGAACUUGAUACGUUCCCUAUGCGUGAGGAUACAGUUGAACUUCAUCAGCCUGAUGAGGACAGAGGUCGUGACUUUGUUGAAGAGGGUGAGCUUGCGGAGUGGAUUGAUGAGAUUGAUGAUGUGUGGAACACUACUGAGGUUGAUCCGGAGAUUUGGGAUGAGGAUGAGGAGAAGUUGAAGACGCCGCAGGUUCAUGUGACUGUGAAGGAGAUGCCGACUUGGUGUUGAGUAGGUGAUGUUGGAUGUGUUUCUGUUGUUCGAGUUACUAUGUUCAAGAAGCUAUACCAAUGAUCGUAUUUACCUGGUUUAUCAGUUCUACCGUCUUUCUAGUAAACGAAUAUGAGACAAGCAGACUUGACUCGUAUAUCUCAACGAGCUGCGGAAGACUACAGAUGGCAUCUUGUAUGAGGUCGGACUAUGAUUAGAGGAUACU